AGAGAGAGAGAGAGAGAGAGAGAGAGAAUAAAGUUGUGGUCAUUUAUCUCGGCCGCCUCUAGCUAUAGCUGGCUUAGUUUCUUUCUUCAUAUGGAGAAGUAUCAAAUGUUCUUCCCUUGCUCCUCUUCUACAUCAUCAGCAAACUAUGAUCCCAUGAUCCCUAUCUCUGCAACAAAUAAUAUUACUACAGAUGAUCAUCAUAUGGGAAUGGGAAGCUCUCAAGUUUACAACUACUUUGACGGCCGCGAUCAAAGUUCAAAUGGACUUUUGGGGUUGAGAUCAUCAGCAGGAAACCACGUUGGGAGAGAAGUUUUGAUAAACAAAGAUCAUCAUCAGUACCUGCAGCAGCAAUAUUCUGAUCUGACUACUACUGCAAGUGCAAACAUUAAUAUUAAUAAUGUUAUUGUUGGAGCUGAUCAAAAUCCUCAUGAGGCCACUAAUUCAGGAAACAAGAACAAGGGGGAGAAGAAGACGAGAAAGCCCAAAUAUGCUUUUCAAACAAGAAGUCAGGUUGAUAUACUUGACGAUGGCUACCGGUGGAGAAAAUAUGGUCAAAAGGCGGUUAAAAACAACAAAUUUCCCAGAAGCUACUAUCGAUGUACGUACCAAGGAUGCAAUGUGAAAAAGCAAGUCCAACGCCUAACCAAGGAUGAAGGCAUUGUGGUGACCACUUACGAAGGGAUGCACACCCAUCCAAUUGAGAAGCCUUCCGAUAACUUUGAACAUAUCUUGAAUCAGAUGCAAAUCUACACCCCCUUCUGAUUCUGAAGCAUAAUCACAUCAUCAUCAAUGCAGCAUGCAGCAUGCUUUUGUAAAAGAGAACAACUCUUCUAUACAUUACAGACAUUAUUUCUCUACAUAUAUGGAAAUAAGUUUGUGAUUCAAAUUACUUUUAUUAGUUAGAGCUGUACUGUGACUAUUUUGUGCUCAUGGCAUCAAUUGAUUUAAGUAAUCUGGUUUUUUUU